ACCAGUGUACCCUAAACAAAAAGUGCUUUUUACCAGCUACGGUAGCAAUAAAAUGCGUGUAGACGUGGACCAAUUUAUUAUUUAUUAAACGACAUACGUACGUACCUACAUACAUUCUAUUUUUAGUUCCACUUUAAUAAUAAGACGGAACAUUAGGCAACAACCAAGUUGUGACUAGGCUUAGGCCUAGUGCGCAUUGCGACUUUUCAGUCGCGGCGACUAAAAAAUCGCAGUGCGCGCUACCCCUUAUUCGAUACUUUCAUUGCGAUGCGUAUCAAGAAAUUAUCUUAGAGGGAAGUAUCUUGAAAAAUUAUUGUUUUAAGUACCCCAUAUUGUUUCCACUUUAAGUCGAUAAGAAAUAAGAAAUACCGUUCUACAAGAAAAUUGAAACAAAUUGUUUUCCUGAUAUCGACUGUUUUUAUUCGGUACACUCUAGAAAAUAAAUUACAUUUACGUAGUUUAUGUAACAGAACAGGGUCGCAGUCGUAGGGACUAAUAUAUAAAAGAAAAUUUAAAAAUCGAAAAAUAGAAAAAUACGUCUAGUGAAUAUUGUAAAUUAGCGGGCCAUUUUCGUCGUAAGAUGCAGUAAAGAGUUUAAGAGUUAAUAGAAUCGAUAAUUCGUAUUUAUUUUUUAUUUCGGCCCCUAUUCACGAGUUCCUAUUGAAUAUCUACAUACGUAGGUAUCAAAGUAAGGGAAAAAAAUUACCUAAUUUUGAACAAGGACUUGCAGAAAAAGGUGCCUAUAUAAAGAAACAAUGGGGUUUAUUGAAUUCAGUAACUCUUGUCAGGUGAGUGUUAGCGAUGAUUUUAUACAUUUCUAUCUUUUUUGCUCUCCAAAUGCCCCACACUAACCAACGCGACAUUAACAACAAAGUAAUGCAGCAUAGACCAAUGAUUGAACAAAUUUUAAAUAGUUUGGAAAACGUACUGAACUACACUAACACUAAUUAUCGAAAAUUAAAUGCUGACGCCGUUCUGGGAAUUUCGAUCGCCAAAGCCCACUUAGCUAAAAUACAAAUCCACUCGUCAAUUAUUUCGUUGUUAAAGGAAAAAACGGACAUAAUUUUGAAAAAAUCAGCGCCAAAAGUCCUAGACGAAGUUGACUGGUCGUUCAGAUUUUUACUAAAAUAUCUACUUGUAACUGAAACUUGGGAAAAAAAUGUGAUAUUUACUCAAAACACAGUACCAUUGACGAAACAGCAAAAUUCUCAAAAUCCAAACUGGAAAACUGUGAUCGAGUUUUCAGACAAUUUACUGAACAAAAACAGGGCAGAAAAACAAUGGAACGAUUGCGUAUAUUCAUUGCUAACCAAUUACUUGUUCUGGAAUGAUUGCAAGAUUAAUGAACAUUGCGAAAAAAAUUUUUUAUUAAACAAGAGCAUAAAUAACGGGUACGGUAUCCUUCACAGGUUAUUAUUCAUUCAAAUAACUCAAUCAAGAAAAUGUCCCGACAAAAACAAAUGGAAUGGGAAAAUUGUCGAGCUUUGUUCUACCAGCUUUUUGGAAGCUGAUCAGAACUCUAAGUACGGAUUCAUAGAUAUUCUAGACGACCUUUUUUUAGAACAAGUAUUACUCUGUGGACAAGAAGGUUUUACCGAAUUUUUCAACGACCGAUGGAUACAGCACGUUCUCAAAAUUCAAAAGGAAAAUGGCUGUUUUUCUUCAAAUCAAGACAGCACCAAUAUUGUAGUUCACAGAAAGAGGAGAAAUUCUAAUCAAAUAUCUAUUGAAUGUACCGACCAUACUACAGGAUUAGCAGCAGCCGUUCUAAGCUUGAUUCUUAGAUAUUUAUUGGUGUAAUACUAUUUCAAAACU